AUGGCCAUUUUUAGCGCGCCCCGAUCGUUCCAGUACGCCAACUCCUUGGUCUCGCGCCAGCUGGUAUCCCAGUCCGAUACAGGCCUCAUCACCUCCAGCCAACUCAUCGCCAAUGGCCGCCAUUCGGGACAUCCAUCUUUCUUUUACUUAGUUCUGCUGGUCUUUGAGGCCGUCCUUGAGGUAGUAUGCGUCAGUUUACCGGGCUAUUUUGCUGCCAGACAGGGCAUGUUUGAUGCGGAUGCCCAAAAGCUGGUCGCUAAUCUCAACGUCACCUUGUUCACCCCUUGUCUGAUCUUUACGAAACUCGGAUCGCAACUCACGGCGGAGAAGUUGACGGAUCUGGCCAUUAUUCCCUUGAUCUUUAUCAUCCAAACUUUCGUGUCGUACCUAUGCGCCUUUGUAGUCUCAAAAUGCUUUCGAUUCAAGAAGCGCCGGUCCAACUUUGUGACGGCUAUGGCAGUUUUCGGCAAUUCCAACUCCCUUCCCAUCUCCCUAGUUAUGUCGCUCUCCCAGACCUUGAAGGGCCUUCAUUGGGACCGCAUACCGAACGAUAAUGAUGACGAAGUGGCCGCGCGAGGAAUCCUCUACCUGCUGAUCUUCCAGCAACUGGGUCAACUCGUUCGAUGGAGUUGGGGCUACCACGUCCUGCUCGCUCCUCGUGAGCGUUAUCUCGAAGAAGCGGAAAGAGAAGCAGGCGCAUCAAGAAUCGAACAGGGUCAAGAACGGUACACCGACAACCCCGAGCAGACAGAUCCAGAUGAGCCCUUGAUUCGAAGCCGAAGUCGAAGCCAGAGCGGGAGCCGGAGCGAUCUGUCUCGCCGGCGUACGAGCAUUCAAACCCACAAUGAUGAAGAAUUCCAUUCUGGUGACCAAACGCCCGUGGGCUCCUACUCGUACUCGAAGACAUCCGGUAACGAUUCCAAUCACGAUGAAGGGAGAUUGGGUGAUGAAGAACAUCCGGAUCAUUUCCCUCCACUUAUCGCGCAGCCACCGCAAGGUCCAUUCCUCCCUCGUCAGAAUACCGAAGGUAAUAUUCUUUCCUUCCCCAAUGUCGAACUCGCACACGGGGAAACACCGCAAAGGGGUUGUUUGCAGCAAUUCCGAACAUCUCUUCGUCGGGUUGGUAAGGGCAUCACGCAGGCCUGGGAAAAACAAGCCGGGGCGGCGUUCAGGAAACUCCCGACUGGUCUACAGAAGGGACUUUUCGGCGUCUGGAACGGGAUCCGCAAGUUCGUGCAUGGCGCAUGGGAUUUCAUGAACCCUCCCCUGUGGGCAAUGCUGGUUUCCAUUGUAGUGGCUUCGGUUCCGUCCUUGCAGAAGCUCUUCUUUGACGAUGGGUCAUUUGUGAACAACUCAGUGACGCGUGCCAUUAACCAGAAUGGUCAAGUGGCCGUGCCUCUGAUUCUGGUCGUGCUGGGAGCCAACCUGGCGCGGAACACACUGCCGGAAGAGGCACUGAAAGAUUUGGACCACCCCAAGGAGGAGCGCAAUUUGAUCAUUGCGUCGUUAAUUGCGCGCAUGUUGCUGCCCACAAUUAUCAUGGCACCGUUGUUGGCGCUACUGGCCAAGUAUGUGCCUGUUAGUAUCUUGGACGAUCCGAUCUUCAUCAUUGUCUGUUUCCUACUCACAGGAGCGCCGUCAGCGUUACAACUGGCUCAGAUCUGUCAAAUCAACAAUGUCUAUGUCAGUGCCAUGUCGAACUUGCUCUUCCAGAGCUAUGUUGUCUGGAUCCUCCCGUCGACUCUUGUCCUGGUCAUGUGUGCCAUGGAAGUUGUCGAGUGGGCGUCCGCUACUACAUGA